AUGCAAAGUAGUCAUAAUUCUAUCACAUACUUAUCUAAUUCUAGUGAAUUAGUUGAAGAUGAACUUUCUACUGUCCUCUCUCUUGGUCCUCCUGGCCAAAUAAAUCUACAAAAAAAUAGUACUACAAAUUUUCAUGACUAUUUUUCUUCUUCUUCUUGUUCUAGUUUCCAAUUUCAAAGCUAUAAUAAUCAAGAAAGUGUCACUGUGGCUCUUCAUAUUGAUCCAUCAAGUACAAUAAGUUCAAACAACAGCAACCACCACAUUAGUAAAAACAAAGGGGAUCACAAUAAUAAUAUUAAUGUUUCACUAGCAAAUGGACAAUAUUGGAUUCCAACUCCUGCCCAAAUUCUUGUUGGACCUACUCAAUUCUCUUGUGCUGUUUGCAACAAAACUUUCAACAGAUUUAACAACAUGCAGAUGCAUAUGUGGGGGCAUGGAUCACAAUAUAGAAAGGGACCAGAUUCACUAAAAGGGACAAGACAAGCUUCAUCAAUGUUAAGGUUGCCUUGUUAUUGUUGUGCUGAAGGUUGUAAGAACAACAUAGACCAUCCAAGAUCAAAGCCAUUGAAAGAUUUUAGAACUCUCCAAACACAUUAUAAAAGAAAGCAUGGGGCAAAACCAUUUAAUUGUAGAAAAUGUGGGAAGAAUUUUGCUGUAAGAGGAGAUUGGAGGACUCAUGAGAAAAAUUGUGGGAAACUUUGGUUUUGUAUUUGUGGUUCUGAUUUUAAGCACAAGAGAUCACUCAAAGAUCAUGUUAAAGCUUUUGGUGAUGGACAUGCACCACAUAGUGAGAAUUCUUAUUAUUAUGUUGAAGGAGAUGAGGACGAGGAAGAAGAAGAUGAUGACGAUGAUGAUGAUGAAGAACAUGGAAAUGGAACUUUAGAAAUAUAAAAGGGUUUGCAGUUCAGUGUAUGAAGUAUCUCACGUUCAUGCAGAGUUAGAGAUAAUGUCGCAUCCCAAAGAGAAUGUAAUGUAGACUACUAUAAUGAGAGUAACUUUUGGUUUUCCUUUGUGAUGAGAGGGGGGAAAAUGGGAUUUGACUAGGGAUUAUUUGGCUUCUUUAUUGCAUGUAUGUUUUUGUGUGCAUAUAUUUCCUAGGGGGCAAAGAGAUGAAGAAGACAAAGA